GCAGCUACCUGGGGAGAGACUUGUGGGUGGGGUUCGUGGCCAGGGAACUUGUCUAUUACCCAGGCCUUCCCUGAAGGUCAGGGAAGACACAGGAGUGCGUUUUUGAGAGUCCACUCUGCAAGUGCAUGAAAGGAGGCUGUAAGAGUAGAGAGGGACUGCAGGAAGUUCAAGGGGGCACCCAAGAGCCUUCUUGAUGGGGUGUGGGAUGGGUGAAACCUUCAUGCCCAGGAGCUGUCUUGCAGGGUAUGGGAGUGAUGGCAUUAGACAGGAGCAGUGGCCUUUUAGGAAUGGAUGGCCCUGCAGGAGCUGGGAUGGGAGUGGUGGGUUCCUCCAUGUGCAUGUGGGUGCGUGCCUCUCUGUGUGUGUGUGUGUGUGUGUGUGUGUGUGUGUGUGUGUGUGUGUGUGACUGAAGGGUGUGCAGUGGUGAACAGCUGGUACACUGAGAAGAGCUUUCAACAGUGAGCCCAAGAUUUAGGGCUUAAGUCACCUUGCUCUGUGACCUUGGACAAGUAUGUUGACUUUAUCAAGCUUCAGGUGCCCCACUUAUAAAUGGGGCUCACUCAUCUGCUCUAUACCUGUGCAGGGCUGCUGUGGGGACAGUGGGAAAUGUUUAAGAGGGGGUGCAGUGAUCUGAGAAGGAGAACCCUAGGAGGAUCAGGGGAAGGGACUAGGUGCUUAGCAGUUUGCUGUACUUUGAGCUCCUGUGUGUCUCAGCCUGAGGCCAAGCCUUCUGCUCAAGCUGAGACUGAUGCUCCAUUCUACAUGUGCCCUGUAGCCUUUUAAAUUCAAGCCCUAUUUUGAUAGAGGAGCUGCCUUUAAUGUCUAACCCUGGAGGGUCUCUUCCCAGUUUACAAGGUUUUAUAUUUUCUGCUGAAAGCUUUGCAAAAAUGUCUUUACACCAUCGAUGACCCUCCAGCUUGGGGUGUGCUUUCCUUUGCCUUUCUUUGAGUCUGGUUGGAGAUAUAAGGUGCACAUAGGUAAAGCAUUACUUAAAAUACCCGGAGUCCAUAAAUAUCACCUUCUGCACUUGUGUGGCGGGCACAGUGCUCAGCGCUCCAGUUAGGGUAGCUCUGUCAUGAUGAUGAGAGUUGCAGGGUUGGACAGCAAGGUUUACAGAGAAGCUGAAGGAGUCAAGGAAGGUUUCUAGGUGGAGGUGGCACCUGAGAAACGUCCAGGGUAGGCUGUGACGAGGAAGGAGGGGAAGUUUAGCUAUAAGAAAAAUGUAUCAGAGGUUGGGGGAAGGUAAGCGACCCCUUGGAGUGGUUGUUGGCUGACCCUUGGGUCCACUCUGACCCCUCUCUUGCUUCUGUUUCCUCAGGGGCUCGUGACUGCAGCUGAGAGCGCCCAUGACUGAGCUGGUGUCCUCCGAGGACGGGUCCCCUACGGGGGACGGGGAGGAGGGCCUGGGGGACGAGCGAGGCCUGGUCAUCCACCACCCUGCGGAGGAGCAGCCCUACAGCUGCCCGCUGUGCGGCCAGACCUUCUUGCAGCAGCCCAGCCUGGUGCGGCACCAGAAGGCGCACGCCGGGGCUGGGCGCACCGCUGCCUUUGUGUGCCCGGAGUGCGGCAAGGCCUUCAGCGUCAAGCACAACCUGGAGGUGCAUCAGCGCACGCACACCGGCGAGCGGCCCUUCCCCUGCCCCGAGUGUGGCCGCUGCUUCAGCCUCAAGCAGAACCUGCUCACGCACCAGCGCAUCCACAGCGGCGAGAAGCCGCACCGCUGUGCACAGUGCGGCCGCUGCUUCCGGGAGCCGCGCUUCCUGCUCAAUCACCAGCGUACGCACGCACGCACGCCCACACCGCACCCGCGCCGCCCCGGCGUCUUCGGGGAGCGGCGUCCCUAUUUCUGCCCGCGCUGCGGCAAGAGUUUUGCGCGUGAGGGCUCGCUCAAGACCCACCAGCGCAGCCACGGCCAUGGGCCCGAGGCCCCGGCGAUCCAUUUAGGCAGCGUGCUAUGACGCCUACGCUGUCUGCCACCAUAGGCUGCCUGCAGACCCGGAGCCGCGUUGGAAGCCUUGGAGGUUACCUUGGGCUGUGGUUGCCGCUCAGGAUGGGCAUCUGGGAGAAGGGAAGAACUGGCUUGGGGGUCCGAAGGGCUCGGGCCGCCCUUUUUCUCUCCUUACCCAGGGCCCUCCGGGUUUUUGUGCGUGCACACAGUGGCAUUUGGCUCCUGCAUUGGUUUUGCUCUGCAGGCUCCUGCUGCCUAGGGCAGGUGAGCCCUGCAGAUGGGGUUCAAGGGUGGGGUGUGUGGUGCUGAAUCUCCAUAUCUGGUGGAGGUGCGGGGUGUCCUGGAUAUGCAGGUGGUGCAGGUCUCUGUAUGACCCGCUGCUUACCAGAUCUUCGGUCCCAGAAUGUCAGAGCUGAAUGCAUCUUGGAGAGGACAGCUUGCUACAGUUCCCCAAACCCAUUCUCAGCCCUCAAGGCCUCCUGCCUCCGGCUCCCCCUUUCUGGUGUCCUAGGGAAAUUAUCCUACUUCAUGUCUCAGUUCAUGCAUCUAUAAGUUGGGGAUGGAGACCAGAGACUCCUGCUCCGUGGGCUGUGAGAAUUGGCCCGAGAAGGGUGAUGCCACUUGUCCAAAAAGCUUUGGCUGAGAACUCACUCUGUGCCACCUGCUCUGCUGUGUUCCACCCUGGGAAAAGCCACAGAUGCAAAGCGGGCACAACCUCCUGACCUGGGAGGUGCAGGGCACAUCUGGGCACAGAGAUUAUGAAUUGAGUCCCACAGGAGCCUGGCUGGCGCUGCACCCUGGCAUGAGGACACAUCCCCUAAGAAGACCUACCUCAGGAGGUGCCUUGCAGUGACCUGCAGGAACCUGAUGAAGCCUGGAACUACAGGCUGAUUUCUGAUUCCAAGCCUUGGUGGGAAAACUCUCCAGGCCUGGUGGGAGUCUUGGCUGGGCAAAGGCUUCUCAACUUGCAUGGCCACGAACCCUGACUCUUGUGUGGCAGUGGUGGGGAUGACACCUGAAUGAAGAGCUGGCUUCUCCGCCCCUGCCUUGUCCACACUUGGCUAAUGUUCAGAGACAGAAAGUGACUGUCCAAAGCCAACACAGCAAGCCGCUGUCAGAUCUGGCUCUAGGGUCAAACCCUCCCAUCACAAGUGAGCCAUCCCUUCACAUUUCAUUCUCCUUUUUGAGCCAGAAAGAUCUUUCAUACUGUGGGGUCAUUCAACCUUUUGCAAAUCUGCUGAAGGCUAUGGACCUUGUCCCCAGGAGAACAAACACGCAAAAAAUUUCAAGCAAUUUCAGGAGCCCUUGGACUCCUAAACCUCAGCCUGGGGUCUUUACCUGCCACCCUUUCCUCACUGAGCCCCUGAGUCAAGGCCACCCUACAUAUAACGACCCCCCUGCCUCCUUCUCUUGUUGGGGAAUAAAGAAGUCUGAGGUGGAAACCCUUUUAGUUACUCCCUUCUCCCAGACCUAGGCUUUAGAACUUGAUUCCCUGUCCCCUGACAUUGCCAGAGGUUCCAUGGGCUGGUUUGUUUUUCGGGUUCUGCCUAACAGGCUGCUUGUUUGUGUGGUGGAGCCCUGUGUUCAACCCAGGCUCUGAUUUCAUGGUGAGGUCUUGGGGAAGCGGGCCUGCCGAGAAGGCUGGGGUUCAGGCUUUGACCACUUGGGGAAGGAAUCCUGCUCCCCCCAACCACAUCCAGACAGCAGUACUCCUGCUUCCAAUCCUGCAGCCCCAGGCAGGUACUUCUGGGAGGACUGGGGAAGAGAAGGAGGUGAGUCCUGUGCAGUGUGAGAACCAAGUGGAUGAGUCCUGUCCCCUGAGGGAUCAGGACACAAGUGAAGGGAGCAGGUCCCCGGCCAGCUACAGGGCAUGGAGUCAGCUUCCCAUUUGAGCAGGUCAGUGUAGUUCUUCUGUGCUCACCUACCACCCAUCAGAAAAGGGGGGACCUGCAGCGGUGGGAGGAAAACUUGUAACUUUUUGCUCUAGGGUCUUGUGGUUCUCUCUCCUGUGGAUCUGGUUCCUGGUUCUCACUGCGUACCUACUAUGUGCCUCUUCCUGGGAUUGUAGAUACCUUGGGAGGUCAGAGAAGCCAGAGAUGCUCCACGAUCCAGAGCGUCAAUUUGGCCCUGUCCUUAAGUCUCAAGCUUCAGCUGCAAACCUCUCAUGUGCUGAUGGUCCAGCUUGCCUCUUCCUGCCAUAACUGCUGUGCCGUCCCUGUGUUGCAGAAAUGUCUCCCUUCCCUGCCCUCCCUUGAAGCCCCUCUUAUCCAUUAGGGCUGAGCGUCCCCAGCACCUGGCUGCUCUCCUGUGCUAACUUACCAUGUCACUGUCAAGUACAACAUGCUGUCACCUUCCA